UGAGAGCAACUGUGUAAAUAAUUCAGAUUUAAAACAAUUCAUAGCUUUAAAAGAAGUUCAAUAUCGGUUUUUUUUUUUUGUAAGAGAAGAAAUUAUUACAAGCGUAGAAAAAAAAAUAAUUGUUGAAUCAUGAAAAUUGUAUUUUCCUUAAUUCUGUUGAUUCUGUGUUUGCAAGAAAUUUUUGCACGAAAUGUACAAACCUCAAGUGAUGUCAGUGAUAAAUUUCUGAGAAUUGUAUUACUUGACGACAAUAAUAAUAAUAAUUUUGUAGACGAUGAAAAUGUUGACAUUAAAGAUUAUCCCUGGAUGGUUAGUGUUGUACAAUAUAGUGCAUACAAUAAUAGAUGGAAUCAUAUUUGUGGUGGUAGUUUGUUGACGACAAAUUUCGUUUUAACGGCCCAUCAUUGUUUACCAAAUGAUAAAAAUAAUCCCAAUGUUCUAUCAGUGCGAUCGGGUUCAAGUUCUCGUUUUGGUGGUAUUAUACAUUCAAUAAAAAAAAUAAUUCCACAUCCUCAAGGCUAUGAUGUUAGAUAUGAUUUAGCAAUAUUGCAAAUUUAUCCAAGAGUUCAAUUUUUGGGUGGUACUAGCUUACCCAUUCAAAUAUUCAUUGGAAAAGUGAAUCCCGGAACUCAUGGAUUGAUUCUUGGCUGGGGAUAUGCGCAUUUAUACCCUCGAAAAGAAGUCAACUUUUUACAAAAAGCAGAAGUAACACUAAUGAGUAAGGAUUAUUGCGAGAAAUUUACUGGAAGGGGAGAUUUUUUACUAUGUUCUAUGGAAACUGAUGCUGGUGUUUGCUCGGGUGAUUCGGGUGGUCCUUUAGUAAUUGACAACCAAUUAGCGGGUGUUAUUUCAAUUGGUGGAUGUGAAAGUCCAUCUCAUGCCAAUAGUUUUGUUAAUAUAAGUUAUCAUCGUGAAUGGAUUGAAAGUGUCAUUGAACCAAAAUUUUUUUAAAUUUCAUUUUUAAUAUUUUUUUUUUUAGAGAAAAAGAAAAAAAAAUAUCAAUCUACAUUUGAAUUAGUGAGAAUUUGUUAAUUUUGAUUCAAAUUUUACUAAAUUUUUACUAAAAAAUGACUAAAA